GGACAAAAGUUUGGAUUCAGAUACCAUGAACCCGGACAUUCUUUCCGUGUGGGAAAUCAUACGAGCAAAGCCGUGCGGCAUGGAUAUUCCCGGGCGGCGACGUGUCGAGGCGGCGGCGCCGUGCCGGCGGCGAGGGACGGGGACCGGGCAGGGGGUAGCCCCCGCACGGCGGGGCACAUGGCCGUGCGUUAGCUUCGCUUGACUCGUGAUGCAAUUCGAUGGAGUCAGCGCCAGCACGAUGCUGGGCUGGGUUGGUGCGGACGGUGCGCCUGCCCACGCGUCCGGCCGCCACCGCCCCGGCCGACCUCCUCCGGUGGGCCCCGGCACCGCCCCCGCCCAGCAUGGCAAGGCCGCGCGCGCGCGCGAGUGGCCUAGUCGGUGAGUGCUCCGGCACUAGCUGCUGAGGCCGGUCGGCUCGUCGGCCUGAGGUGCGCUCGCCACUGCUGCAGAGGAGCAACCGCGCGCUGCUGUUACAAACUACAAAGGGGACUCCACCUGCGCCCCGGCUCGAAUGGCAGCCCACCUCUUCUCCCACCCGCGCCCGCGCCCGCUCCGCUCCCUCCCGAGCCAUGGCGCCCUGCGCGUCCGCGUCCGCCCUCGCGCUCUCCUCCAGCACGCGGGUCAGCCUCCCGCUGACGCUGGCGCUGCGGCAGCGGCCGGAGGCGCGUGCCGCCCGCGCCCUGCUCCGCCCGUCGACCGCGGCCUGCUCGUGGCAGGGGCCCUUGCCGCCCGAGCUCGCCGUGGCGUCCCCUCGUGCCGGCGCCCGCGGCACCGGCAGGGGGCCGCCGCCGUUCCGGCCCCGCGCGUUGAUGACGUCGUCUCAGAUUGCCAGCGCCGCCUUCACCUGGGGCACCGUCGCCGUCCUCCCUUUCUACACCCUCAUGGUCGUCACCCCCAACGCCAGCAUCACCAAGCGCACCGUGGAGAGCAGCGCCCCCUACGUCGCGCUCGGCCUCCUCUACGCCUACCUGCUCUACCUGUCGUGGACGCCCGACACCCUGCGCGCCAUGUUCGCAAGCAAGUACUGGCUCCCUGAGCUGUUGCUUAGAGAAAUGAGACGCUUUCGGCUUAUGAAUACUGCAGCUGCCGGGUAUCGUGAGGAUGUUCGCGAGCGAGAUGACUGUCGCCUCUGCUUGGAUCCACCUCCUCGCCGUCGACCUCUUCGCCGCAAGGCAGGUGUACCACGACGGCCUCAAGAACAACAUCGAAACCAGGCACUCGGUCUCGCUGUGCCUGCUCUUCUGCCCGGUUGGGAUCCUGUGUCAUGUGGCGACUAAGGUACUGGCGGGGGCAGUUGGCCGCUCACAUUGAUGAUUGGAAUUGGGUGGUUGUACGUAGGAUCCCAUUGUUUAGCUGGUGGAUUUUAUGUGAUUUGAAUAUCAAUAAAAUUGAUUCAGUGCACCGAUUCUUUUCA